GCGUUUAGAAAUCCUGCCCCCUCUGGAGGCUGAGCCCUCCUGCGCCCUACUGGAGCCACCAUGGCGCAACCAAAACCUCCCAAAAGAGUCUCUUCAGAGCAGAUCAACUGUUAACAUAUCGCUCUUUGCCACCCUGAGAUUAUCAAAUGCCUCUGAUCCUUCAAACUGGAACCUUUUUUCUAAGAAAAUCCUACAACACAACUUGGUUUAGGAGUUGCUCGAGCUUCGCAAAGAUGAUGCAGGCAGUUUGCGUCGACGUCCCAGGAGGACCAGAGAAUCUGGUGCUGCGAUCCAUCCCCAGACCUAAACCUAAAGACGGAGAGGUCCUGAUUAAAGUCCAUGCAGCUGCCCUCAACAGGGCCGACUUAUUACAGAGAAGAGGUUUGUACCCUCCACCUGCAGGUGAAAGUGAUAUCAUAGGUCUGGAGGUAGCUGGAACCGUGGACGCUCUUGGUCAAAGAGUGAAAGGCAACUGGAAACCAGACGCCAGGGUGAUGGCCUUGCUGUGUGGAGGAGGAUAUGCUGAAUACGUGUCCGUGCCGGAGGAGCUUUUAAUGCCUGUUCCCGACAACCUCACGUUCUCCCAGGCUGCAGCCAUCCCGGAGGCUUGGCUCACUGCUUUUCAGCUGCUGGUUUUUAUAGCGCAGGUGAAGGAGGGCGAAGUGGUGUUAGUUCACGCCGGAGCCAGCGGUGUCGGAACGGCCGCCGUUCAGCUGGCGCGUCUGUUUGGGGCUGUGCCCGUCGUGACGGCGGGGAGCCAAGAAAAACUACGGCUGGCUGAGAAGCUGGGCGCGGCGGCUGGAUACAACUACAAGGAGGAGAGCUUUGCGCAGGGAGUUCACGACUUCACAGGGGGAAAAGGAGCUAAUGUGAUCCUUGACUGCAUUGGUGGGUGCAACUGGGAGAAAAAUGUGAGCUCCUUGGCUGUGGAUGGCAGAUGGGUCGUGUACGGCACCAUGGGAGGCAGGGCAGUGGAGGGAGAGCUGCUGGGCAAGCUGCUCUCCAAGCGAGGCCACCUACUCUGCAGCCUCCUCCGCUCUCGCAGCCUGCAGUACAAGGCGGACCUGGUUAAAGCUUUUGCAGACCGGGUGCUGCCAUGUUUCUCAGACCAGGCUGCCACCUUGAGGCCGGUGAUCGACAGCACCUUCAGGCUGGGGGACAUAGCGGAGGCUCACAGACACAUGGAAGCAAACAGAAACAUGGGCAAGAUCGUUAUUACUGUGACUCCACAAAGCGAGGAAUCUCACUGAUUAAUACCUGCUGACAUGAUUAUGGAAAUGCAAUAUCUUUUUAAUUUUUUAUUUUUUUUGGCUAUAGUCAAGGAAUGAUUCAAUACCAUUUGUAACUGUGUAGAUACAGUUCAUUCAACAAUAAAAUGCUCUGAAUACAUUUUUCAA